AUGUCUCGUCGUCUAUUUUGCCGCGAGAUUCACUCAGCAUGGAAGCGACGGGAGCUUAAUAAUGGAUUACUAGUGGCAGGUUGGCAGCGGAGGCUCAACCAGGAUGGACAGGCGCAUCGAUGCAGGUCAGAUUUCGCGGCUCGGCGCUAUCCCGACGCCACGCGCGUUCCCUUUGAGCUUAGGCGAGCCGCAAACGUGCCCUACCACGCCUACGUAGCUGUGACAGAAUGGUCCUGCGGGCCAAGAGCUGCGGAGGGACGCUCAGUGAGUGGUGGAACUAGGAGCUCGUUGAUGAGCUGCGUCCGUCCGUGGACUGUGUGGACAGACGGCCCUACGAGGCGUGGCUAG